CGAUGGCGGGCCCUCGGGCUCAGUGACUUUAUUUUUGUCAGAAGAUGAUCAAGUAUAAAGUGUAUUUGCUUCUGCUGAGCGCAUGGCUCCUUUUGAUAAAUGCGGCUCACGGAACUUUGGACCUUCAAGAAGCAUUUGAGCUCUUUAAAACUCAAACAAAUAGUAAAAUUGAUGAGUUGAACUCAAAGCUGCUUGAGUUUGAGCGAAUAGGCCGCAACGGAGUCCCAGGGCCACCGGGACCUCCGGGACUUCCAGGAUGGCCAGGAAAUCCAGGACUACGAGGACCACCGGGCAAUGCGGCUCACGGAACUUUGGACCUUCAAGAAGCAUUUGAGCUCUUUAAAACUCAAACAAAUAGUAAAAUUGAUGAGUUGAACUCAAAGCUGCUUGAGUUUGAGCGAAUAGGCCGCAACGGAGUCCCAGGGCCACCGGGACCUCCGGGACUUCCAGGAUGGCCAGGAAAUCCAGGACGACGAGGACCACCGGGCAAUGAUGCUGACGGAACUUUGGACUUUCAAGAAGCAUUUGAGCUCUUUAAAACUCAAACAAAUAGUAAAGUUGAUGAGUUGAACUCAAAGCUGCUUGAGUUUGAGCGAAUAGGCCGCAACGGAGUCCCAGGGCCACCGGGACCUCCGGGAUCUUUAGGAUUGCCAGGAAAUCCAGGACUACGAGGACCACCGGGCAAUGAUGCUGACGGAACUUUGGACCUUCAAGAAAAAUUUGAGCUCUUUAAAACUCAAACAAAUAGUAACAUUGAUGAGUUGAACUCAAAGCUGCUUGAGUUUGAGCGAAUAGGCCGCAACGGAGUCCCAGGGCCACCGGGAUCUCCGGGAUUGCCAGGAAUUCCAGGACUACGAGGACCACCGGGCCAUACCCAGAUAGGGAGGACCACCUGGUAAGCCAGGACUGCGGGGGAUGCAAGGUCCUGACGGACUUCCUGGUAUGCCAGGAGCACCGGGUAUGCCAGGUCGGGAAGGACUUCCAGGAGAACAAGGACCACCGGGGAUGCCAGGGCUUAUAGGACCCCCUGGACAUUGGGGACCUCCGACCAAUGUUUAAUGUUUCUCGAACUUUCAUUUAAAAUUCAAUUUAAUGUCGCCAUGACAAUUGGUCACAUCUGCUAAAAAAAAUGUUAAAACAAAAAACA